GAACCGCAGAAUCGAAAUAAUCCAACGUCAAUCAAAUUUUGCGGUGCCUCGUUUUCGUGUCGAGUUGUCAAGUAACAGCAAAGUUUGGGGUUUUUCUUCAAGUAAAAUGUCGACAAAAACAAAGAAAGAUGACAAAAACGCUCGUGAAAAUGAGCCCGUAAAAAUCAACAAAUGGGACGGAUCAGCAGUGAAACAUGCUCUUGACGAUGCCGUCAAGAACGCUCUAUUGGAUCGUCCAAACUGCAAGGAAUAUUUCGGUCUUAUCGACGGUCGCCUUUUCAUCUGCGGCUUGGCAGUAGGUAUCGCUCUGGUGGCACUUGGAUGGGACCAUAAAUACCCUUUCCCGCAAUCCCGUCCCGUCCUGAUCAUCUGCGUAACAUCCUACUUCGUUCUGAUGGGCAUUCUCACCCUCUACACAACAUUCCGAGAGAAAGGCAUUUUCGCGGUCAUUCAACAAAAUGACGGUAACGGGAAGAAAGUUUGGCAAGCAAGCUCCGAAAUGAAAAAAUACGACGACAAGUACACGUUGGUGCUCUCUGUAAAGGAUUCCAAGUCGUUGCGCGAGGUCACCAUUACCAAGAGUUGCGCUGCAUUUAUCGAUGUGAAUGGUGUGAUUUUGGAGAAUCUGGUGGCGAAUGAAGUGAAUCGAUUGUACAAUUCAUUAAACUCGGAAAAAAAGGACAAGUAGACGAAGGUUUCAUGCAAAUUGAACCUUUUGGUGUGCUGCGAGUAUGAUUCCUUUUUUUUCUGAGAAAGUAAACAAAUUUGUUUUUAAAUGAG